AUGGCCACCUAUCCCACAGUUUUGACUGUCGAGCAACUGCCAUAUCAGGACACUAUCGCAACAAUAGAAGCCCCUUUUGGGCAGCUCGUUCGCAUUCCUUCUGGCAACAAGUUCUUCCGUUACCCUGAAGAGAGAGAAGACUCCCAUUGCCCUCAUUGCUACCAUGCGGAUGCUUCUCUGCCCUCGGAGAAGAUUGUCGAGCAGAGUUCCAACAGCGAAAUUAACGAUGUAGGGUCGUUCAAGGCAACUAGAACUUCGACACUUGAUACGAAGCUUGACUCGGAAAGAUCGGCCACCAGCUCAGAUCCUGACGUGGAAGACGACCAAGAACAAGAGCCAGCUAGAGCACUGGGGCUGCAGAGAACUCAAAAGUUGCCCUAUACAAACGAGAGACUAGAUAUCGGGAAGAAGCUUGAAGUAGAGAGGACCAAGUCAAGACCCAUUCUUCCGGCGAGGACGGCAGAUGGCACUGUUUUGGUGGAUUGGUACAAUACCGAUGACCCAGCGAAUCCUCAAAAUUGUCCGCAGAAAAAGAAGGCUUUUGUUGCUUUCCAAAUAACGAUCUAUACUUUUUCUGUCUAUAUGGGGUCUGCAAUCUAUACAUCCAGCGAAUUGUAA